UUCCGGCGUGCGAGGUCCUGCGCUCGGGCGGGGGCUCCGCGGGCUUCCAAUCGCGCACAAUGACACAGCGCUGAGCGCCGGAAGUCGGGCCGAAAGAAAACACGGAGAGGGAGCCCGACUGGGACAGGAAGAGGCGAGGGACGGCGGCGGAGGUGGUGCAAAGGAAGAAAUUGAAAUCAAAGACCAUGGGAGACGCGGCAAAACCUUACUUUGUGAAGCGUACUAAAGAACGAGGGACUGCAGAUGAUGAAGAUUUUAGAAGGGGUCACCCUCAACAAGAUUAUUUAAUAAUGGAUGAUUAUGGCAAAGGCCAUAGCAAUAAAAUGGAAAAAGGUCUUCCAAAAAAAAAAGUGACAGCAGGGAACUAUGGAAAUACCCCCAGAAAAGGACCAUAUACUGUUUCUAGCAAUCCAUAUGCAUUUAAAAACCCCAUUUACAGCCAACCCACCUGGAUAAAUGAUAACCACAAAGAUCCAAGUAAGAGACGGCUUUCUGAUGAACUUACUGGUAAUUCAGACAGUUGGCGAGAAUUCAAACCUGGACCUAGAAUUCCUGUUAUAAACCGACCACGGAAAGAGCCCUUUCAAGAAAAUGAAGAUAGUUAUAGGUGGCAAGAUGGAAGAGGCUGCAGAAAUGUAAGACGAGUGUUUCAUAAAGACCUUACAAGCCUGGAGACCAUGUCAGAGAUGGAAACAGGAAGCCCUGAAAACAAGAAGCAGAAGUCCAGACCUCGGAAGCCUCGAAGGACUAGAAAUGAAGAAAAUGAACAAGAUGGGGAGUUAGAAGGUCCUGUUAUUGAUGAAUCCGCACUGUCGCCAAAAGAGCUGCUGGGCUUGCAGCAGGCUGAGGAGCGUCUAAAACGAGACUGCAUUGAGAGGCUAAAGAAGCGGCAUCGAAACUACCCUACUGCCAAAUAUACCUGCAAACUUUGUGAUGUUUUCAUUGAAUCCAUUGCAUUUGCUCAUAAACAUAUCAAAGAGAAGAGGCAUAAGAAAAACAUCAAGGAGAAGCAAGAGGAAGAGUUGCUUACUACAUUACCCCUGCCAACACCUUCCCAGAUAAAUGCAAUUGGCAUUGCCAUUGACAAAGUGGUACAAGAGUUUGGCUUACACAAUGAGAACUUGGAACAGAGGCUGGAAAUUAAAUGUAUUAUGGAAAAUGUGUUCCAACACAAGUUACCAGAUUGUUCUCUGAGAUUAUAUGGGUCAUCUUAUAGCAGAUUGGGUUUCAAAAAUUCGGAUGUAAACAUCGACAUUCAAUUUCCAGCUAUUAUGUCUCAGCCAGAUGUUCUCUUACUUGUUCAAGAAUGUUUAAAGAACAGUGAUGCUUUUAUUGAUGUUGAUGCAGAUUUUCAUGCUAGGGUGCCAGUGGUGGUGUGCAGAGAAAAGCAAAGUGGUCUUCUUUGUAAAGUGAGUGCAGGAAAUGAAAAUGCUUGUCUGACAACAAAUCACUUAACUGCCCUUGGAAAACUAGAGUCAAAGCUGGUUCCUUUGGUGAUUGCAUUUAGAUACUGGGCAAAGCUUUGCAGUAUAGAUCGCCCUGAAGAAGGAGGUUUGCCACCUUACGUGUUUGCCCUGAUGACCAUUUUCUUUCUUCAGCAGAGGAAAGAGCCCCUUCUGCCUGUUUAUCUAGGAUCAUGGAUUGAAGGAUUCUCAUUAAACAAACUAGGGAACUUCAACCUCAAAGACAUUCAGAACGAUAUUGUGGCCUGGGAAUACACUGACAGUACACCAGCAGACACAGACAAAACAGAAGAAACACUCAAAGAUGUGCCUGUCAAAAAGGGACAGGCAUCACUAGUAUUUGAUUUAAAACACCAGCCUGCAGCACCAGUUGGCCAGCUCUGGGUAGAAUUGCUUCGAUUCUAUGCUUUAGAGUUUAACUUGGCUGAUUUAGUGAUAAGUAUCCGUGUGAAAGAAUCAGUAUCUCGUGAAUCCAAGGAUUGGCCCAAAAAGCGCAUUGCCAUUGAAGAUCCCUACUCUGUUAAAAGAAACGUGGCAAGGACUUUAAAUAAUCAACCUGUGUUUGAAUAUAUACUUCAUUGUUUAAGGACAACAUAUAAAUAUUUUGCUCUGCCACACAAAAGUACAAAAGCCAGCCUUCCAAAGCCUCUGAAUAUUAUAACGUGUAGUUCCAAAAAUUGUAAAGUAGCAGCAAAGGAUGAUCCAGAGUCACAAGCAAAAGAUGCUAAACUCAAAAACUCAGGUUUGGAUCAAGGUUCUGGUACUGACACUUCAGCUGCAGACACCUGCACGAUACAGCCACUUGCUCUUAAAGAAACUGCUAAAAGCGGUGGAAACCCACCGUUGGAGGAAAUGGCAAAUGCGCAGGCCAGUGUCUGCAUCAGAGCAGAGGUUAGUUGCGACAAUUAUGAGAAUAUUAAAGUGCCCCAUGAAGAAAGUAAAAACCAGAAAGAAAACAUUGAAAAGGAGGGCAUACAUCCAGCAGCUGUUGAUGGUCAACGCAUCUGUAGCAGCAGCAGGCAUGAAACACUUGAGAGCCCAGGACAUGAUGCAACUUUGCAUAUGGAAGGCUUCCCAAAUCCUCCAUAUAAAGAGUGUGAUGGAUUUGCUGCCACAGACAAGACUGAUGCUGAAGGAAGCAUAGAAGGUACUCAUGAACUCGAAGAUACUCUAAGCCAUUUUGCCCCUAUAAGUCAGGACCAGACAUCAGCCGUCACUGAUUCAGAUGAAGAAGAGGAAGAUGAGGAUGAAGAGCCUAGGCUUUCUAAUACCCAUGGGGAAGACAGCAUUGCUCAUGACGACAGGUUAGACAAUACCUACCCUGUUUCAGGGGAUGAGGAGGCCAUGUCUGAUGAGAACGAUGAGCUAAGUCUGUCUGUGAACUAUGAAGACUCGAAAGAAUGUUCAGAACAUAUGGAUGAAGCUAUGCUAGUGAAACUUAGUAAAAUCAGUCUUCAAGAAGAAAACAUAUGUGAAGAAAAUUCAACUGUGGACCAGCUUGAUUUCUUUUAUGAAUUCAGUAAACUUGCUUUCACAAAAGGAAAGUCUCCUACAAUAGUAUGCAGUUUAUGCAAACGAGAGGGUCAUCUAAAGAAGGACUGUCCUGAAGACUUCAAAAGAAUCCAACUGGAACCUUUACCACCAUUAACACCCAAAUUUUCAUAUAUUUUAGAUCAAGUUUGCAUGCAGUGUUAUAAGGAUUUUUCUCCAACUAUUUUAGAAGAUCAGGCUCGUGAACACAUCCGACAAAAUCUAGAAAGUUUCAUAAGACAAGAGUUUCCAGGAACUAAAUUGAGCUUGUUUGGCUCAUCCAAAAAUGGAUUUGGUUUCAAGCAGAGUGACCUUGAUGUUUGUAUGACAAUUAAUGGACAUGAAACUGCUGAGGGGUUGGACUGUGUAAAAACUAUUGAAGAACUGGCGAGAGUUCUCAAAAAACACUCAGGUCUGAGAAACAUCUUGCCUAUCACAACUGCAAAGGUGCCAAUUGUAAAGUUUUUCCAUCUGAGAAGUGGAUUGGAAGUGGAUAUCAGUUUGUAUAACACACUGGCCCUUCAUAAUACAAGACUCCUGUCUGCUUAUUCAGCCAUUGAUCCCAGAGUGAAAUACUUGUGCUAUACCAUGAAAGUAUUCACAAAGAUGUGUGAUAUCGGUGAUGCAUCUCGAGGCAGUUUGUCGUCAUAUGCAUACACACUUAUGGUGCUAUAUUUUCUCCAGCAGAGGAAUCCGCCAGUCAUCCCUGUCCUUCAAGAGAUGUACAAAGGUGAAAAGAAACCUGAAAUAUUUGUUGAUGGCUGGAAUAUUUAUUUUUUUGAUCAAAUAGAUGAACUGCCCACCUAUUGGCCAGAAUUUGGAAAAAAUACAGAAUCUGUUGGGCAACUGUGGCUGGGACUUCUCCGGUUCUAUACAGAAGAAUUUGAUUUUAAAGAACACGUUAUUAGCAUCAGGAGAAAAAGUCUCCUUACAACUUUUAAGAAACAGUGGACCUCAAAAUACAUUGUUAUUGAAGAUCCCUUUGAUUUGAAUCAUAAUCUUGGAGCUGGACUAUCGAGAAAAAUGACAAAUUUUAUAAUGAAAGCAUUUAUUAAUGGUAGAAGAGUAUUUGGCAUCCCAGUCAAAGGAUUUCCAAAGGACUACCCCUCAAAAAUGGAGUACUUUUUUGACCCCGAGGUGCUAACUGAAGGGGAGCUAGCUCCAAAUGACAGGUGUUGCCGAAUCUGUGGAAAAAUCGGACACUUCAUGAAGGACUGUCCCAUGAGGAGAAAAGUGAGACGACGGCGAGAUCAAGAAGAUACUCCGAACCAAAGAUACCCUGAGAAUAAAGAGAAAAGAAGCAAAGAGGACAAAGAAAUGCAAAACAAGUACACAGAAAGGGAAGUGUCCCCAAGAGAAGAUAAACCCAUGCAGUGCACACCACAGAAAGCCAAGCCAGUGAGGGCAGCUAUGGACCUGGGGCGUGAGAAAAUGCUAAGACCACCUAUAGAAAAAUGGAAGAGACAAGAAGACAAAGACUUAAGAGAAAAACGUUGUUUUAUUUGUGGAAGAGAAGGGCACAUUAAAAAGGAAUGUCCCCAGUUUAAAGGCUCUCCAGGGAUGUCUAAAUCAGAUUGUGUAUUUGGAUCUCCUCCUUCACCUAGUCCUGUGAGACCAACUGGCCCACUUGUUCAGGCAGUGCUUUUACAUGAAGACAAAAAGAAACAAAAAACAACUAUAUUUUUGAGUCCCCAGUCAGAGAUGACAGAGGAAGAGAGAAAGCAAAGCACCACCCCAGCCAUGAAAUUCCAUUGGUGCCAUCCAUAGUGGUAGCCUUUCCAGUAAAUAUAUGACUCAGGGAAAAGCCUCAGCGAAGAGGACCCAGCAGGAAUCAUGAGGGAAGGAAAAUGCAGCACUCUAAAUGGCCACUCAGGCGUUCCUAUUCACUUUGAAAAUUAGGUUCAUUUCACAGGACACAGCAGCAUAGAUCAGGCUUCAACUUAACAUUUAAAGGAAAUGUCAGAUUUUUUUUAACUUAAUGAAAUCGUUAAUAAGGAAAAAAAAUUUUAAUAUAGUUGUAUCUACCACAGAUCCCAUAGUUAUAAGGAUUUUUUUUUAUAGAAAGCCAUGAUGUAUGUAUUUAAACCAAGUUAAAAAAAAUUGUAACUAUGGGCCAGUAUUCAGUGAAUACAGUUUCAUGCUUUUUAAUUCUUUCAAAGCACAUUUAAAAAUAGUGUGAUGAUAAGUCCCAAGUAAAUCAGUCUUAUCCCUUAUAAAAUCCCCUUUUUGUUUUGAAGAGGGAAGAUAUAUUUAUUGGUGUUUACUGAAUACUUAUGUGAAAGCAUAUCAAAUAUGUGUGAACUGCUACUACUGUAUUUACAGACUUUAUUUUAUCUUUGAUCUUUGUAGGACAAGUGAUAAAAUGGACACAAGUACUAUUUAUGUGAGCCUUCUGUGGAAGAGCAGUGCCACAGAGGGGCUUUUUCCCCCCCUCUCUAAUUUUAAGUAGGUGUCUUAAAACUGCUAUGCUCAUAAAAAUGAAGUAAAGAAAACAAGUAGUCCUGUUUGCUGCUAAAAUAUUUUCAAAGGGAAAAUGACAAAAUUAAAAGUGCUUUUUACUUUUUAUGAUACUCAGAAAUCAGGGUGGAGAACUCUUAUGAAAUCCCUGAAGAUUAAAGAGGUGAUCUCAACCAAUCAUAAAUUUUAUUGGAGUCACUUUGGGUCUGACUGGAGCCCUCACAGAACUAUUUCUCCAGUUUUACAAGCCCUCCCGAAAUAGUAUAUGGUCAGCACUCUGCCUCAGUUUAUUUAUCAUUUUGAAAUAAAAUCAAAAUUUCAACCUAUAA